GAAAUGAAAAGAGGCCACAUAAAGGAGGGGAGAAACUCGAUAAGUCUAACGGGUGUCAGGGGUAGUUUCGGUAUCAAGCUAUUUCACCACUGGUUUAAAUAGCGGCGGAUGUGAGGGGCCUUUACGAAAUCCGGCUGAUUGGGUGGUGAGUAAAGGCGGAAUAGUGUUCCAUUUCUUGCCUUCACUGGCUUGCAGGGGCUAAACUUUGAAGAACUUCUAGAGAGAGAGAGAGAGUGAGAGUUGUAAAGAUGUCGUGGCAGGCGUACGUUGAUGAGCACUUGAUGUGUGAGAUCGACGGCCAGCGCCUCUCGGCAGCUGCCAUCAUCGGCCAAGAUGGCAGCGUCUGGGCUCAGAGCGAUAACUUCCCUCAGUUUAAACCUGAUGAGAUCAAUGGCAUCAUGAAUGACUUCAAUGAACCUGGAUCCCUUGCCCCUACUGGCCUAUACCUUGGAAGUACAAAAUAUAUGGUUAUUCAGGGUGAGCCAGGUGCAGUUAUCCGAGGAAAGAAGGGAUCAGGUGGUGUUACUGUCAAGAAAACCAACCAGGCCUUGAUCUUAGGCAUCUAUGAUGAACCCAUGACCCCAGGCCAAUGCAACAUGAUCGUCGAGAGGCUUGGUGACUACCUCAUCGACCAGGGCCUUUAGUUCUUUAGUACGCGUGUUUCUACUUUGGUUCUCUUUUGGGGCUGUAAUUCUCUCUGGUAUUUGAUUGCUUCUUCCUUAUAGCCGUGAAACUGGCACUGGAGUUGUGUUUCAGAGAAUAAUUAAUUUGGAGGUCUCACAUAGGGAACACUAUUUGAGGACAAGGUAUUUGUUGGUGUGAAGGGUAUUUCAAUAUUUUCUCUUCCUUCUCUGUUUUCAUAUAUUUCCUGGCAUAUUUGUGUAUUGCUGAUCCCUUUAGAUGGGGAAUGUGAUUUUCAAAUGAGAGAUAUAUCUAGAGGUUUUGGGUGUUUGAAGCCUGUUCA